AGCAGGCCCGCCUCCAUGCCUAACACUAACCUUAUAAAGGCGGUGAGCGGACAGUACUGUCAGCCCACAAAAACGGUCAUCACUGUAUCGCGAAGCCUGCACAAAGACAUCGAUAUACCCUCACAAGAGCCACGUCACGAAGAAGCGCAUUCGGGAAAACCGUAGUAGGUACGUAGGAAUUAUUUCCUGAAAAAAAACGAGUCCUGAACCAACAGAAGUAAGUGCACUCCCAACGUCAGCGACAUCAUGGAGUUUUCUCUGACUAACCCUGCCAUUAAAGCCUUCCUGUGUGGCUCUCUGAGUGGCACCUGCUCCACUCUGCUCUUCCAGCCGCUCGACCUGGUGAAGACCCGCCUACAGACCCUCCCGAGCAAUGUGCAGUCUGGUUCAGGAAGGGUUGGCAUGGUGACGGUUUUCCUCAGUGUUGUGAGGACUGAGAAGCUGCUCGGACUCUGGAAGGGGGUCUCACCAUCAUUUGUACGCUGUAUUCCUGGAGUUGGGAUCUACUUCAGUACCUACUAUAGCCUGAAGCAACACUUCUUUGCUGACGCGGUCCCAGGCCCCAGCCAGGCCGUGCUGCUGGGUGCUGGAGCCCGCAGUGUGGCUGGGGUCUGCAUGCUGCCCGCCACGGUCAUCAAAACGCGCUUCGAGAGUGGCCGUUAUCCUUACAGAAGUGUGUUCGGGGCUUUGCGGAGUGUGUGUCAGACUGAGGGACCCCGAGCGUUGUUCUCUGGUCUCACGGCGACCCUGGUUCGAGAUGCUCCCUUCUCUGGCAUUUACGUCCUGUUCUACAGCCAGGCCAAGAGCAGGCUGCCAACUGAGAUAAGCCAGUCAGCCUAUGCUCCGCUGGCUAACUUCAGCUGUGGUGUUCUGGCGGGUGUACUGGCCUCUCUGCUCACUCAGCCUGCAGAUGUAGUUAAGACUCACAUCCAGGUGAGCCCCCAUCUCUUCGGGCGGAGCACCGACGCCGUGGGCUACAUCUACACGAAGCACGGCUUGGCCGGAUUCUUCCGCGGCGUGGUGCCGCGCUCUCUUCGGAGGACCAUGAUGACGGCGAUGGCGUGGACGGUGUACGAGCAGCUCAUGGCUGGGAUGGGCCUCAAGUCCUGAACGGGAGAGAACAGAGGCCAAGUGAAGAGUAAAAAGGAAGAAGGAUGGACUCUGAAAGUCAAAGACAGUGAAAAGUGUUGGGACAAGACCGUCCGCCUGCUGCCCCGGAGAGUCCACGGAGACGUGGGGCCUGUGCGACUGCUUGCGCUUCAGAGACACUGCGUUCACAUUACAGAAAAUAAACCGCAUCAGAAUUGGAGUUCCAAAUCCCACUCGUUUCCACUCAGCGCUUGUGUAACGGCAUGGUAGAUCAAAGGCAGAGCCACAGCAGUGCUGCCCUAAAUACUACCCGUCAGCUGUGGAGUAUCCACAGUCGUCAGUAAUGAAUGUGCUCAUAACACUGAUUUUAAAAGGAUGAUUAUGUUUAUAAAACCUGACUCCUUUACACUGUGUUUUAUCUGUGUGUGGAAGGGUUAACAAUGCCUGUGGCAGUUUCUUGA